GUGGUAGGCUGCUGCAGGCGCUGCAGCCUACCGCGCGCGCAAGCCAGUACAGUUGCUCCGUUGCUUGCAUCCGUUAUCGAAUUACCAGCGCAUCGAGAAUUUGACUGAUUUUAGGGGUGCAUAUUUGUUAUGCAGUCAUCGAAUAUUGUGAGCGCUUGCCGACUACAGAGUGUGUUGUGCUUCGUGGGUGAUGUGAUCUAGAUUUGUGGGCUGUUUGUGCAUAUUUCUCGUAAGCGACAAUUGAUGCUUUGUGUUGUCACCGCAGGCAGGAAAAUGACACAAGCACAUUUCCAGAGGAUUAUUUCGUCUUCCGUUAUCGCGAUAAAUUGCUUCGAUUUGAAGCAUGCACACCGUGAGAUACCAUACUCAGAAGUGAAUUUAGUGUAGAAAGUGUCCCAAGUGCUACUACUAUGCAAGAAACGCACCAUGCCUGCGGUCGAAGUUCGAGAAGAAAAAGAAAAAUGCAACAGGCUGUUGGAGGUCUUCGACGAUGUGCACGCUUUCCUAUCCGAUCAAGUCGUUCGCUCAAUCCCGGAGAGCAUCGAGGUGUUUUUUCGGGACAAUGGAGUCCCGGGAAAACUUAGCGAAGACGUUUCCGACGCCUGCUUGCGGUACAUGAUCCACGGUUCGUUCGUCGACAUCCUAGCGGCACGCAAGAUACUUCAGAAGCACUUGUUUCAACAAGACACCGUCGACCUGCAGGAAGUCGCCGAAGCCGAUGAAGUUGUCCUCUCGGAAGCGUUUCAGGACCACUACGUUGAUGUGGCGUCACACGAGGUCAUUGGCACAAAUGUCAUUGAAGACUGCCCUGAACUGGCCGCAGAGGAAGAUGCCUUCUGUUCACCCAGUGAAACAACACUUCUUGUCAAUGUUGUUGCCGAAAGUGGCACGUGUAGUGAGUUUUGUUCGUCCGACCUUCAGCACACAUUUGACCAAAUCGAGGCCGUUGCGAGUGAUGUUUGCGGUGCCGCCUUGGAAAAGGAGCCACAGGCUAGCUGUGACCCAAAUGCAGUGCCGAAUCCAGUUGUCAUUGAGAUCCACUGCUCAAAACUGGAGGAUGCCAUGCUGAAUCUGCCUCUGGAUCUUCCUCCGUCCCAAGAAAAUGUGGUGGAGCAGUUCAUGGAAGACCCGGCAGGAGUGACCGACACUUGUGGGACAGGGCAGACUGCAGAGGAUAAUGGAGACAAUGUGCCCCCUGAGCAAGUGACAGAGGUUCAGAAACAAAAGCGAAACUAUGAAGAAGUCACACCAUUCAAGUACUUCUGCGAGCUGUGCUCUUUCAAGACAAAGCGCAACAGCCACUACCUGAAACAUAUCAAGAUACACGAAAAGGUGACCACAUUGCAUAGCUGUGACAAGUGUUCCUUCACUACAAUGCGCCUGGGCCACUUGAGGAGGCACGCAUCCACGCACAGCAACCACCUUCAUCGCUGCACCCAUUGCAGCUACACAACUGAUGACCAAAAGCUGCUUCUACGGCAUAACCGCAUGCGCCAUUACCGGACAAAGCGCUCCCGAGGGGUGCCAGCCAAGCCCAUGGAAUGCCCCCAUUGCAACUACCGUACCACGCGGCCACUGCUACUUGCCAGGCACCGUCAGCGCCAUGCAGGCGACAGUGGGGCACUCCAGAGCAGUGCACCCUUGCACCAGUGCACCCAGUGUGGCUAUCAGACACACCGCAAGGAGCACCUGGUGCGACAUCGAGCCAAUGUUCAUGGAGGAGCGCGCCCGUUCCUGUGCCACCGCUGUGGCAAAGCCUUCAAGCGGGCUGAUGCCUUGCGUCAACACCACCUGACACACGCUGGCCCGAAUGAGGGUGCCCCUCCAGCCUCUUUUCCGUGUCCACAAUGCCACAAGGUGUUCCGGACUCACUCGCACCUUUCGGAGCACCAGGCGAUCCACUCGACGGCACGGCCAUUUUUGUGCGAGAUAUGUGGCUCAGCUUUCAAGACGCGGUCGGUGCAACGCAAGCACGUUCAGUCGGUUCACAACAAUCCACGGGCUUUCUGCUGCAGCUGCUGCACCAAGAAGUUCAACACUCAGUAUGCACUGAAACGGCACCAGAAGCUUCACCAGCCGUCCCAGCAGCAACAGCGGCACCAACAGCCAAUGCAGCCACAUCUGCUCGCACCCCCACCACUGCCGCCACCAGAGGAGCAGAUUCACGCUCGAACAACACUUCAGGACGUUCUUGGAAGCACAGCUCCUGCCAUGUCUGGACCAGUGGCCGAGGUGCCUGGCCUGGAGCAUGUCAUAACGGCUGUGCCCAUUCAAGACACGUGCGACGUGAUUGGACAGAUCUCAACAGCCAUGCUGCAGCCUGCAGAGACAGCAACCUUGCUGUACCUAACUAACCCUCUGCCACCAUUCUGAGCACAAAGAAAAGAGAGGUUCCCAAAUGGAAUGAUUGUUACAACACAAAAUUCGGUGUGCUUCGUGAAUCUUAAAGCAGCUAUGUAUAACAGACAGCGAACUGUUGCUACGCCACAGGCUGUAGUGAUGAUUCAUUGGUGAUUGAACUUUGCAUACAUGUUGUGAUUUAUGCAUGGGUUUGGAGUGACAAUGUAUUUGGUGGACAUCAAAAAAAACUCAGUGAGUAAGGCAGAGGAAUUCUGCCUUGCGGUGUUCA